UCACCAGGCACGACAGGUGGGCCCGAGUCAACUGGCAUGACCAGCUGGCACUGGGUCAGAACCAUUGGAUCGUCUGGCUGGGACAGCGGGCAUCGGGUCACCAGGCAUCAAGUCUUUGGGCUCGACAGCGAAGCACCGCGUCAUCUGGCAAGGAGUGGGCUCCGAGUCAACAGGCACGACAGUGGGCACCGGGUCAUUUGGCUUGCCAGCGGGGCACCGCGUCACCAGCAUUGGAUGUCUGGCUUCGACAGCGGGCAUCGGGUCACCAGGCAUCAGGUCAUUUGGCUUGCCAGUAUGGGCACCGCAUUAUCUGGCAAGGCAGUGGGCACCGGGGUCACCAGGGUCACAGCAUUGGAUCGUCUGGGCUACGACAGCGGGCAUCGGGUCACCAGGCAUCAGGUCAAUUUGGCUCGCAGGGGGGCACCGCGUCAUCUGGGCAAGGGCAGUGGGCUCUGAGUCAAUUGGCACGGACAGCGGGCACGGGAUCAGGUACCGGAUGCAUCUGGAUCAACAGCGGGCAU